AUGAGUUCGGGACCACCAGACGUUGCAAUUCCAGACGACCUUAAAUUGGAUCCACCUAAAGACGACGAAUUCACCGCUGCACAACUAUCAGAGGGAACUAUAUUCGAUGUUAGCUCAAAACGUGAUACUUAUGGUCCUGGAGCCAGCUAUCAUAUUUUCGCAGGAAAAGAUGCAUCUAGGGCUCUAGGUAAAACCUCAUUAAAACCUGAAGAUGCGGUAGCUGAUAUUAGCACUUUAAAUGACGAACAGCUCAAAGUUUUGGAUCAAUGGUAUGAUUUUUUCAAGAAACGAUACAACAUCGUCGGACGAUUAGUCUAA